CCUUCAGAGCGGGGAGAGUCCUCAGAUCACGUGACCCGUUGAUGCGGAAGUUUUGAUGACGACGCUCCGUGCAGCAGAUUUGGGUUUAUGGCAGAUGCAGAGAGAUUUUCCUGCUUUAACUGGUCGUAUCUCUGCGCUGUAAAUGGUCAGGAUGACUCAGAAGUAUCACUUGGAGGGACAGGUGUACUCUGUCCCACUGAUACAGCAGGACCUGAGGAGGGAAGAGGCUGUACAUCAGAUCACUGAUGCUCUGCAGUACUUAGAAAACAUCUCAACAGACAUCUUUACCAGGGUGUCGCAGAGUGUGGAAAAGAACCGCACUUACCUCCAGGCUGUCACAGACCGUAUCAAACUGGCUCAAGCUCGAGUCCACAAGAUCAAAGGAAGCAAGAAAGCCACCAAGGUCUUUUCCAGUGCUAAAUACCCUGCUCCAGAAAAACUAGAAGACUACUCAUCCAUCUUCACGGGUGCUGUUGAUCCGGCGUCACAAAAACGACCUCGCUACAAGGUUCAGGGCAAGCUCCGCCCCCUGGAUGACAAGGCCUUGCAGGAGAAGCUGAUGUAUUUUCCAGUAUGUGUGAACACUAAGAAGCGCUCUGAAGAUGAAACAGAGGAGGGGCUGGGCAGCCUGCCCAGAAAUAUCAGCUCAGUCAGCUCCCUACUGCUGUUUAACACUACCGAGAACCUGUAUAAGAAGUAUGUGUUCCUGGAUCCUCUGGCAGGGGCUGUCACUAAAACUCACACCACGCUAGAGACUGAGAAAGAGGAAAAGCCAUUUGAUGCUCCACUUUCUAUCACUAAGCGAGAGCAACUGGAGAGACAGACUGCAGAGAAUUAUUUUUAUGUGCCAGACCUGGGCCAGGUGCCAGAGAUCGAUGUUCCCUCUUACCUACCUGACCUGCCUGGCAUCGCAGACGACCUCAUGUACAGUGCUGACCUUGGUCCUGGGUUUGCACCCUCUGUUCCUGCCAAUGCAGCCAUCCCUGAGCUGCCCUCAUUUGGUACAGAUCAUGAAGAAUCCAACGGAUCUGGCUCCCAGUUUAGACAUGAAGCUCCUCCCCCUCCUCCUCCUCCUCCUCCUCCUCCUCCUCCCGAACCUGCUCGUGUUCCAGCUCCUCCUCCUGGAGCUCCUCCAGCUCCACCCCCUCCACCCCCACCUCCUCCUGAUCUAACAGGCGCAGGAGGUGGAGAUGCAUCCAGUCAAGCCCAGCCCACAGGUGCAGUGAAAGGUGCACCUACAGAAGUGUUGCAGCCAUCAGAUGGAAGAGCUAGCUUGCUUGAGUCUAUUCGUAAUGCUGGUGGCAUCGGCAAAGCCAAACUCCGGAAUGUUAAAGAGCGCAAGAUGGAGAAGAAGAAACAGAAGGAGCAAGAGCAAGUUGGUGCAGCAGCCAGUGGUGGAGACUUCAUGUCUGACCUCUUUAAUAAGUUGGCCAUGCGUAGGAAAGGUAUUUCAGGUAAAGGUCCAGGGGGUGGAGACUCCACAGAAGCACCAGCCAGUUCUGGCAGCGCAUUUGCCAGGAUGUCAGAUGUGAUUCCACCCCUUCCUGCGCCACAGCAGCCAACUGCAGAUGACGAAGACGACUGGGAAGCGUAGUCAAAAAAUGCCAAUUUCACUGAUCCAUGCUGACUGGAUAUCGGAUGAAGACGAACAAUUUAAGAACCGAACCCAGUGUUUGAAGUUCUGAAGUAGCACUUGAUGAAGUUGACUAAGCUUUUCUAGCAGUUUGGAAAUGUGAACAAAAUCAUAUUUCAUCAUGAUGCACUGUUUUGCCUGUGGUGAGAUUAAAUAGGAGGUUACACAAAGACAGCAGGCUGUCAACUGAAUCAAAGCUUAGUUUGCCCAUUUUCUUAACCUGAUCAGAUUUUGUCUAUCAACUUAUGUUUUCUAAAACAGAAAAAAAGUAUACAAGAUUAGAAUGGAACAAGAUCAAAUUACAUGUUUUAUUUUUGAAAAUAUAUGGCUGUCUGCAUUUAGCCUUAGACAAAAAUUCACAACCCUCUCACUGAAAUGUGACAUGUAAGCAAAGUGUUGGGAUUUAUCGGUUUGAAGUACGGUUCACAUUCAGUGGCAAUCAGCCUGACAACAGCUGUGACAUUAGAAGUUUUUAGAGGCAGUAAUUUAACCAUUUCCAAAAUCCUCUCGUAAGGCAGCAUAAUGAUGGAAUAGUCACAGAUAAAAAGUUGUUCACUCUCUUACUUGAUGAGGGAUGAAGAAACACAUCCAAGUCAUGACACCCAGUAUAAUGGCUCUCAUUUAAUAUAAACAUUGCUCAAAUUAUAUGUGAAAUUCAUACAAUGAAUAUAAUAGAGUGGCAACAUAUUAUUUCCCCACAUUCUUCAGCAUUGUGCAGCUGUGAGCCAAUAGAAAAUCCUUACUAUGUAUUAACCACCCCCCAAACUAUGUUUCUGACACAGGCAGCAACCCUGUCAUCAGUAAGUUGGAAAUCCAAGCUGCUGAAGAGCACUUGAAUGAGGCAUUUGUGUAAUUGCUUUUUUCACCCACUGGGUAUUUGAAUGGAUUGUUCAGCCAUAUUUUAAUAAGAAGCACUGUCUGUUGGAAAACUGCCAUACAUCGUUUGGGCACAUUUUUGUGCGCAUGCAGGCUUAAAUAAGGUCCUUGUUCUGUGUCUACAGCACUAACUCUGUACUGCAGCUGCUCUGAGAGACAAAUAAAUGCCUAAUCUGUUA